CAUCACUCAACCAAAAACAAUAAAUAAAAUUGAAAUAACACACAACCGUAACUAUAAAUAAAAUGAAUUAUGAUGUCUCUGUAAGCAAAAUUGCCAUUGAAAAACUAUUAUUAAUUGCAGUGGAAAUUAUUGAGAUCAUUAUAAUUUAUUAUGUGAUUCGCUUUUUGCGACAGUCUUGGCUGUAAAUGGUAUUUUUAUUGAAUAUUGUUGUUUUUGAAUUCCUAAAAACUUUAAUUAAAAAAAAGACAAUUAUUUAAUUGUUGUAUUUUACUUGUUUAAACAAGUAAUUCGACUAAAAACCUCAGGAGUACACGUGUAAAAUUCCUAACUUACUAGUUGUGGAGUAAAGACGUCCAUCUAUCACCGGAUCAAAUUUGCAAUACUACAGCGACAUCUGCUGGACGGAAUAAUCCCAGCAGCCGGUAAAAGGAAAUUCAAUUAUCUAGUUGAUGAGGUUCACCUGCGCGGACAGGAAAGGAAAAGGAGUUUGACUGAAACGGAGAAGUUUUCUUUGACUUGGUUAUUUUUUUUCUUACUCGAAUAUAAAGUUGAACAGUAAAGGUAAAGGUAGUAAAAUGCCUAAAAGGAACAGCUUGAACUUUCCAAGCAGGCUGCUGGUGUUCCUGUUGACAUUUGGGAAACUUUGUGAAGCACAGGGGAACACAGGAGGAGUCAACAGGCUUCCAGAUGGCCCUAAAGGGGACAGCGGUGCUUUCUUUGCCCUGCGGAGUUGCCACCAGCUGUUGAACAGCGACAGCGGCGAGUUUUUCUCCCCAGACUAUUUGUGCUCCAACCCUCCUCUGUGGUGCAACUGGACCAUUCAGGUGGAUCCUGGGAAGAGGAUUCAUCUCCGCCUGGAGGACUUGACCCUUGAAGAGGCCUGCUCACUGAAACAGGACCAGAUCCAUGUGGAUGAGCCUGGCGCCCAGUCAGGGGGCCACAAGGUGCUGCAGAAGUGCUGGCAGGAAGCCAAGUACACGUCGUCCUCCAACACUCUGUAUGUGGUGCUCCUGAUCGGCGGCUGGCCUGACCCUCCUUACCGAGGUUUUUAUGGCCACUACCAAGCAUUUGGACCACCGGUGGUUUACAGCCCACAGGAAGGUUCAACAGGAAGAAGCAAGGAGUCGGAACGUUCUCCUGGACUGAGUGAAUUUGAGCCAUUAGUGAACAAUGUGGAGCUGGAAAACGAUGAUCUGGCGUAUGACUAUUAUGAUCAGCAGUUAGCGACGUCUGGGCUGCCCUGGGUGCCGCUGGGUGGAGACAGAGGUGCAGAGGCAGUUAAAAACCUCUAUCCAUCACUGAAGAACCACUCCCAUGUCUACCAGUCUGUGGCUGCACCCACGGCACCGACGUCCACGCAGAGGAUGUUCCGGUCAGGAAGAGGAGCCACUCGCAGCCUUUCCAGCCAGGCCGACUCGGCCGGUCGCUCUGUAAUCCCGCCAGCACAGCAGCGUGAUGAACUCAAACCUGGCAACAACACUCCAAUAGCAAGAAAAGGGAAAACGGUGGACACUGUGUCUGCAGAUGAGAGCAACCUGAAUGGUCAGGUCUCUCCUGAUGGUUUGGAAGAAGUUGCAGACGACAGACUGCGGAUCAGUCAGGCGUCAGACCAGCAACCAUCUUCUUCUGAUGGCACAGAAACCCAGAAAACGGACCACAAGCAUCACCACCCUAAAAUGGUGGAACCCAAAGGGAACUCGAACAUGAAAAAUAAAUCGGAGGGUCCACAUCUGCCUGGUGAUCACCUGUUUGAAGUGGCUGUUGAGGUGAAUUUCAGUCAUGAUUUGGAGGAUUCCUGGGACAAUCUGGCUCAGCUGCUGCUGCUGUCAGUAAAGACUUUGAUCAGCAAACAGCUGGAAGCUCUUCACACACGACUUUCCCUCUCGUCAAAAAGAAUUAAGAGGCUGAAUGCAGGAGCACUCUACAUCCUUUGGCUGCAGAUCGGUCAUGGGCCUGGAGGCGUGCAGAUCCACAGGGCCGUCCACUCAGCCAUGCAGGGGCUCCUCGCCACAGGCGUCAACCUGAGAGUCAACCACAGGAGUGCCGUCAUCAUGUCUGUGUCCACGGCAGAUGUGAAUGAAUGUGGGACCCAGCUGGUUCUGUGUGACGCUAAUGCAGACUGUGUGAACCACUUUGGUACAUACGCCUGCCGCUGCAGAGCAGGCUUUAGGGAUGAGUCCCAUCUGGGAUCCGGGGGAACCACCUGCAUGGAAGUGCAGCCAGCAGGUUGCGGAUCCAACCUGUCCUCGGAGACUAAAGGGGUCUACAUCCUGUUCUUCCUGCUCAGCUCCCUUAUCCUGACGCUGCUGGUGGUGUCCGGCACGCUCUAUCACCGCCAUCACCGCGGAGGCUUUGUAGUCCGCUGCCCUUCCCCACCCGACCCAAACAACAACCAUCUCCAGCCUGACGAUAGUUACUCCACUCCCACUGACUGUGACCUCCCACCUCCGCCUCCGCCUGCAAGAGGAGGCAGAGAGAGCUGGGCUCCAGGGAAGGAGCGCUGCCCCCCUGUGGAUCUGCCUCUGCUGCGCUUCAGCUCUCUGCUGCCUGCAGACGGCUACAUCGAUACACAGGAGAGCGGAAAGUUGUAAUCCAUAACCAAGUUUAUCUGUAUUCCUUAAGACGCCCUUUUGUUUUUUCUUUUUUCUAAAUAAUACUCUUUUCCACUGUAUGCAACCUGCUCAAUUAAAAUCACAACAAAACACAA